AUGCAGUUUUUGAUUUGUUUAAUUUCCAUUGCUGGCUUAGUAGCAGUCAGUUCUUCGGCAUCGGUUCCAGAAAACAUUUUGGAUUCAUUGAGUGAAGCUAGUGAACUUAACUCUCCAUCCGAAUUGACUAGAUUCAAGAAAUCCGCCUAUGGAGGUGGUUCGAUUCCAGCACCACCCUGCCCAAAAAGUUACCUAUUUAGCUGUCAAUCCAAUGUAGCACCAGUUCCGUGUGCUCCAGCACCAUCUUAUGCUCCAGCACCAGCGCCAGCGUAUGCUCCAAAGCCAGCACCAGCUCCAGCAUAUGCACCAGCACCAGCACCAGCAAAACCUAGCUAUGCCGGAGCUUACUCAGUACCAGUUCCAAGAUAUUCACUCCCUCAAGCAGCUUAUCCAGGUAUUCCACAAGAAUUGCUGAGACCAGUGUAUGGAUACAACAACCAAUAUUUGUAUUAA